AAUUAUUUCAACUAUUUCACAAUAUAUGAAUCACAAAAUAACACAAUGGUUUAUUACCAGUCCACACCACUGAUUAUAAAAUCGGAACAGCCUAGUCAGACGCAAUUAUGCGGACCAUUGCGCAGCAACAACACAGAUCAUCUACAGCAGCAUUCAAUACAAAUGCAACAAUUAUCACAACAACAACAUCAUCUACAACAACAACAAACCAUUAAUAGCUACAACAUGCAGCAACAACAACAACAAAUGUUGCAUCAGAAUGGCAAUCCAAGUAUUAACACACAACAACAACUUCUUCAUCACCAACAGCAGCAACAACAACAACAAUAUUUAACAAAUAUCAAGUCGGAAUUAUUACCACCGGGUAUUACCUUGUAUCCCGCAACAAAUAAUCAUCACCUGCAACAACAACAACCUGCUUCCCUUACAACUACUUCGUCAACAUCAUCACCUGCAAUGAAUCAAAAUGUUAGCAGUCGCAAAUCAAAUCCCAAUAAACCCCAAUUCAAAUGCGAACAAUGUGGCAUGACCUUUGGCAGUAAAUCCGCCCAUACGUCGCACACAAAAUCCCACAUUAAAAAUGGAGAGAUGAGCAAUCUGCUGAAUGGUGGAGGUUCUACGGGAUCAGCAGUACCCGCUGCUGGUGUCAUGAUGAAUGGCUUUGAAAUGAAUGAAGCGGGUCUCCCGAAGACUCCACCCAUUAAACCCAAUGCCAAUGCUGCCUCAAAUGGUGGCGAUCCAUAUCAGUGUAAUGUCUGCCAGAAGACAUUUGCUGUACCCGCAAGACUGAUUCGUCAUUAUCGUACACAUACUGGCGAAAGACCCUUCGAAUGUGAAUUCUGUCACAAACUGUUCAGCGUCAAGGAAAAUCUUCAGGUCCAUCGACGUAUCCAUACCAAAGAGCGGCCGUAUAAAUGUGAUGUCUGCGGUCGGGCUUUCGAACAUUCGGGAAAACUGCAUCGUCACAUGCGCAUACACACCGGCGAGAGGCCUCACAAAUGUUCGGUAUGCGAAAAGACCUUCAUACAGUCGGGGCAAUUGGUUAUACACAUGCGUACCCAUACCGGUGAGAAGCCUUACAAAUGUCCCGUUGAAGGUUGCGGCAAGGGUUUCACCUGUUCCAAACAACUGAAGGUCCACUCACGUACCCACACCGGAGAGAAACCCUAUCAUUGCGAUAUUUGUUUCCGUGAUUUUGGUUACAAUCAUGUUCUGAAACUGCACAAGGUUCAGCAUUAUGGGUCGAAGUGCUAUAAAUGCACCAUUUGUGAUGAGACCUUUAAGAGUAAGAAGGAAAUGGAGGCCCACAUUAAGGGUCAUGCCAAUGAAAUGGUUGAUGAGGAUGAGGAGGGUGGAGCUGCCAACUCUAAUCCAACAGAAUCGGGUUCGAUUUCGGCCAAUAAUUCACCCUCCUCAGCGGUUUCCACAACCUCGGGGGUUGAAACACUCUCCGGACCCAGUUCUCCACAAUCUCCCAGCAGCAGCAUAGGUACAAGUACCUCCUCGAAGCCAAGGAAGCCACGACAAGAAAAGGCGAGAUCCAUAAGCACCUCUGGACCUCUAAGCCCCGCAUCUCCCGGCUCACCAUCCUCCUCAAUGUCUCCCUCAUCUACCUACACUUCUGGGUCACGAUUAUCAGCCGGUUCACCAACAUCCUCAGUGGCCUCACCCACCUUAUCGCUCAGCAUGGAAACCGAUCAUCACAGUCGUGAUAGUGGUGUGGCCAGUGGUUCCAUUCCCACAUCACAAUGUACCCGGCAAUUGGCAGCGGCCACUCUUAUGGACAUGAGCCACCAAGGAGCGAAUAAUUUCAACCUGGCCGAUGAAAUGCCCACAGAUUUAAGUGUGGGACAACAGCAGCAUCAUCAGCAAAACUCACCCUCACCUUCUCCGCAUCACCUGGAACAGAAUAUGGGCUAUCAUUAUUCCACGACACCAUCACCACAGCCCCCACAACAGUAUCAUUAUAUGACAGCAUCUCCAGAUCAUCAUCAUGCGCACCAGCAACAACAACAUCAUUCUUCAGGCCUCUACGAACAACACCAACAGCAGCAGCAUCACCAUCAACAACCCACCAUUAAUCCUGCCCUCUUAGAAGCUGCCACCUUGGUCAGCCGCAAUGAAGAUGAUGUCCAGGCGGCCAUACAAAUAAUGCAGCUCAGACGUUCCCAACAGAAAACGAAUCACAUGAUCUAUUCGGAACUUCAGACGACGCACAUACAUCAAAGUCUAAUCGCACCGUUGAUCGAACAUUAUAGUGAUUCGAAUCAGGAUGCCGCCGAUCUCAUAGAACACUAUAAGCGCAGCGAAUUGACAAGGCAGGGUUUGGUGAAGGGCUAUGCACCGGUGCCGAAAUUUGAACCCUCUCUUCGUAACAAUGAAAUGCUCCUCCGUCAAGUUGAAGCCGCCAUCGCUCCACUACAUCCAUCUGGCGAAUCGCCAGAACGAUCCUCAUCACCCGAAAGUGAUAUGUUAAUGGCGGAACGUGAUCUACCGCUGAGAAAACGUAAACUCUAUAUGAAUGAUUGUGCCGGCGAUGCUGGUGAUUUAGAGGCGGCGGCCACAGCCAGUGCCAAGGAAAUGGAUCAAAAAGUAAUGCGUCACAGUUCGGUAAUACAAUUUGCCAAGGCAUCAUAGGAAGA